AUGAGGGAAGUAGCCAUCCGAGCAGCAGAAACAACAACAGCUCUAAGCAGAUUAAUGCACAACAAGGGUGGACCAAAGUCUAGCAAGAGAAGAUUGCUAGGAGUAGUGGCUCAAUCUAUUAUGCUGUAUGCUACUCCUAUAUGGGAACAAGCAAUGACAGUUCUAAGCUAUAGAAAAGCGCUAGAAACGGUCCAACGGAGAGGAGCAAUUAAGAUAUGCAGCGCGUAUAGGACAAUUUCCCGAGACGCAGUGCAGGUGAUAGCUGGAGUGCCACCAAUAGAGCUCCUUGUUUUGGAGAGAUGUGAAAGGCAGAGGGGCACGACCAAAGCGGAUGCUAGAGCCAAAUUGCUUCAAAAAUGGCAAGAUAAAUGGCACAGGUCGGAAAGGUCGAAAGGAGCCUGGACUCUGCGCCUAAUACCGCAAAUAGAGCCUUGGUUAAGCAGAAAGCACGGUGAAACAACAUUUCACCUGAGCCAGGCGCUGUCUGGCCAUGGAUGCUUUGGCGAGUACCUGCACUUCAUCGCAAAGAAGGAGGAUGAAAGGUGCUGGUACUGCGAGGAGGACGAUAGCCUUGAGCACACGCUAUUUAGGUGCUGCAGAUGGGUUGGAAGGAAGUACAGGGCGGAGGAAGAAUUGGGAGGCAAAAUUGGGAGUUCUGCUAGAGCCUGA